AUGGCUGUGAAGCUGGACAUGUCCAAAGCUUAUGACAGAGUAGAAUGGAGCUUCUUGGAUGCAAUGAUGGCCAAAAUGGGAUUCCACAACAAAUGGAGAAACUGGAUUAUGGAAUGCUUAAGGACAGUAACCUACUCUUUCUCUAUAAAUGGGGAGGUUAAAGAAUAUGUUAUCCCAGGAAGAGGCAUCAGACAAGGGGAUCCCUUAUCCCCCUAUCUAUUUCUCCUUUGCUCAGAAGGGUUCGCAAGCCUUCUCAGACAAGCAGCAGGGAACAAGAGGAUAUCAGGAAUGAGACUUUGCAGGCAGGGACCAAGUCUUACUCAUUUGUUCUUUGCAGAUGAUUCCCUAAUCUUCUGCAAAGCAAACAAGCAGCAAGCAAUAGAACUGAUGAGAGUGCUGCAAGUGUACGCAACUGCAUCAGGUCAACUGAUAAACCUGGAUAAGUCUUCUAUACUCUUCAGCAAAAAUAUGUGCCCACAUAAGAAGCAUCAGAUCUGUCAUAUUAUGGGAAACAUGCAACAGGUAAAUCAAGGCAAGUACCUGGGGCUACCAAUGGUGGUGACUAGAACAAAGGAACAGAUUUUUGGUUUUGUACGAACAAACAUACAACAUAGGAUCCUCAAGUGGAAGAAUAGACUUUUAAGUGCAGCUGGAAAAGAGACAAUGCUCAAGGCGGUAUCAAUGGCUAUGCCCACGUACACAAUGUCGUGCUUCAAAAUACCAAAAAGAAUUUGCAAAGACAUCAGCUCUCUCAUGUCUAACUACUGGUGGGGGGAAGCAAAUGGUAAGAACAAGGUCCACUGGUGCUCCUGGAAGAAACUAACUCAGAAUAAGGAAAAGGGGGGAUUGGGUUUCAAGGAGUUGGAGGCUUUCAACAUGGCUUUGCUGGGUAAACAGGUGUGGAGGAUUCUUACAAAUCCAAACCUCCUGGUUAGUAAAGUUCUGAAGGCCAAAUAUUUCCCUAGGAGCUCCAUAUUUGAGUGCAAAAUUCCAAAGAAUGCAUCUUGGAUAUGGAGGGGCCUAAUGGCAGCAAGGAAAGUAGUGGAGCACGGGGUUAGAAAGAGAAUAGGCAAUGGGAGGAGCACACAAAUAUGGGAAGACAGAUGGAUCCCAGAUACUACCACUGGAAGAGUGACAACUAUGAAACAAGGAGAUAGCAGACUGCAUAAGGUCGAAGACCUGAUAAUUCAGAAGAGAUGGAACAGAAAUUUGGUGUUCCAGUAUUUUAACAAAGAGGAUGCAGAACGAAUCCUGAGCAUUCCAAUCAGUCUCGCUGGAAGAGAGGAUAGUUACUUCUGGAUGCAUGGUGAAGAUGGAAGAUACUCAGUCAGUUCUGGGUACAAGGGGUUGGUAUCCAAUAAAGAAAGGUCACAAGAAGUGAGUCAGAGGGAGGUAUCUACAAGCUGGGGGAAACAAACUCAUAAGAUGUGGAAAGUAAUGUGGAGACUCAAGCUCAAACACAAGCUGAAGAUUUUUCUAUGGAAAUGUUUGAACAACGCACUGCCUGUAAGGGAGCUAAUCAACGGCAGAACCAAAGCAGGUGACCCCAUUUGCAGAAGGUGUGGGGAAGAAGUAGAGACGGUGGAGCACUUGCUUCUGAACUGCAGAGAAACAAAACAUAUCUGGCACAUUGCCCCAAUCCAAUGGGAUGGGAUGCAAGAACAUCAUGGCUGUUUCAAAAGAUGGUGGAUCUCUGUCACUGAAGCAAGGCAUAGGAUAGCAGGAUCGCAACAUUUGGCCUUAACUGUCAACAUUCUUUGGCAGAUUUGGAAGGCUAGAAAUGACAUGGAAUUUACGGGGAAAGUUCAUCAGCCCUGGAAGAUUAUAAAGAGAGCACAGGAGGAAUGGCUACAAUUUGAUGAAGUUGCAAAGAAGGAAGCUAGGAUGAGCACAGGAGAAACAUCAACUCACAACAAUGAAGACCAGCAUUUAGAGCCGGAUGAGGGAACUGUGAAGAUGAUAGUUGAGGCAACAAGACAAACAGACAAACCUAUCUUAGGCAUUGGAAUCACUGCAGCUGAAAGGAACCAAGAACCAAUGAUAGGAUGGGCGCUAAAGGAAAGAAGCUCAGGGGUACAGCUACUGGAUGAUGCAGUAGCAUUAAAGCUGGCUAUGUGCAAAGCAAAUACUUUGCACCAGAGGAAUGUACAGUUCCAAGUGAAGAACAGGCAACUCCUCAAUCAUAUUCGAACUCAGAAGGCAAGUGACAGCAGAAUAGCUACGCUGGUGGAAGACAUUGUACAGUUGAAAAGGUUGUUUCAUAUGUGCUCCUUUUGUCUAGCUAGUAGUGAUAAAAAUUAUCUAAGCUCUAGGAUUAGCAUGUAUGCCUUAGGCAUCACAAUUGAUGAGGAAUUGGUGUUUCCUCAGUGUUAA